AUGAAGAUUUUUCUUCCGUUACUAGCAAUUCAGAGAACAGUCUUUGGCUUGGGCUCAACUAGUCUUCAAACUCACUUUAAAACAACAGAGCCUUGGUGCGAGACAAAUAUCAUCUACAACGAUGCCACUUCUAACACCUGCACUGGCAAUGCUUUCCAAGAUGGGGACACAUGCACCGCUACUUGCAAAGAUACAGUCACUCUCACAUGCAGCUGCUUGGAACAAUGGGGCUCUAUCCUUAUAGCAAAGCCUGGAGGAUGCACCUGGGAAGCCGAUAUUGAUUGCGAGGUCGAUGUUAUUGUCAGACAAGCAACUGCAGAAAUGUCCGUCGCUCUCCCUGAUACCCUCUCAGCAGAUGACUGUGCGAAUACUGUCGAGCAGGCUAUUCUUAACGCGUCUCCAAAUGCAGUUAUUGAAUCUGUCUUAUGCGUCCUCGAAUCGACGUCACGACGCAGACGAUCUACAUCUCAGACAUCCUGGGUUGCAGAGGUCACAAUGAGUAUUACUGAAACAGUUGAUGAGGCUACUGCAACUGGAACGAUUGACAACACUGAAGCUGAAGACGUUGCAAUGAUUGCAGAUAUUCUUGAAGACGCAUCACCCGAGAUAGUUACCAUUGUCCAGGAUCAAACUGGCGAAGACCCUGUUGUAAAUUGGCUUUUGAUGAUGGAAGGCGCACUUGAAAGUGACAUUAACAAUUUGAACCCACAACUCGAUCUCGCUACUGCUCACGAUCUGUACUACAGCACAACUUUUGUCAUCGCAUUCGAUCUGGCUCCGUCUGUUGCCUGGGAUUCCGCCCUUGCCGACACAUCCUCCGAUGCUUACAAAUUAUUAAAAGCAUCUGUUUUCGAUGUCUUUAAACAAGACCUUCUUGAUGUGGCAGGAGAUGAUUACACAGUUGCACUUGAUGUAUCUUUCUCCGAAGUUUCUCAAUCAUCUAGUCGUCGCCGAAGAAACUUCCUCAACGUCUCUUACAUCAGUAACCACGACCACAUCAACUACAACUACCACUACGACAACCACAACAACAACUACAACGACAACAACCACAACUACGACAACCACGACAACCACAACAACCACGACAACUACCACCACUACCACUACAACGACAACUACGACAACAACGACAACUACCACCACUACUACUUCUACCACCACUACUACUUCUACCACCACUACGACAACCACAACAACAACCACAGCGACAACUACCACAACUACCACCACUACCACUACUACGACAACCACGACAACAACGACAACUACCACCACUACCACUACUUCAACAACUACCACUACUACCACCACUACGACAACCACGACAACAACAACUACGACAACUACGACAACCACGACAACAACGACAACUACAACAACUACCACUACGACCACCACUACGACAACCACAACAACUACAACUACAACGACAACAUCAACAACUUCAACUUCAACAACAAGUACAAGUACAUCUCAAUUUUCUACUUCAACCGUGGAUCCAGCUAUCGACUAUCUCUAUGGAGCUGUUGA